AUGCUACUUGUAAAUAACAAAGUAGGUGAUGAGUGCACAGUUGGCACAGACCAGGCUUUGGCAGAUGGAAAGGCUCUGGUGGAUUCUUUGAUUAAGGUGGUGGCAUGUUACCGGCACUUGGCCUCGUGUGUCGGUGGGUGCACGGACAGCUUGCAGCUGCGGGAUGAGUUGCGACAAACACGUGAAAAGGCCCAAAUGUUGGCCGUGUCCAUCUGUAGUCAUCUGACCUCACAUCUCCGAAACAAGAGCCUGCCUGAGGGGCAGCGUAAGGAGAUGGAGCUCCUCUGGGUGGCCUUCUCCUCCAGCCUAGAGCUCCUCCAUGUUGACAUGUGCAAAGUUUUCCACAUGGCUGAAAUCUUUUCUCUGGCCAACACUGAUACCCUGGUGCAAACUGGCCUACAAGGAGGAGGCAGUGAGGUGGCAGCCCGGGCCCUCAGUCUGCCAGACCUGAACCAAGCUCAGAGCCCAACGCUCCCUGCUGGGCUAGAGAGCCAGGAGCGCAGCACCAUGGAGCAGGAGAUCAGCCAAAUUGACCGCAUGAUCGAGGACAUGGAGAUGAAGGUCAACGUGAUGCGCUGGACGGUGGAGCCCCAUGGGCCACCGUAUGCAGACCCGCUCAGCAGCACCGACAGCGCCUCCCUGGCUCUGGUCUCCGUCGAUGAGGAGCAGCCUGGACACCAGCCUCUAUGCCAGCGCAGUCAAAUCUUUGUGCUCUUAUUGAUGUUCGCUGUUGUUUUGGUGGCAGCCACUUUAUCUGUCUGUAUUGUCUUUUUCUCAUGAGCAAGACCUUAAUGCACUCAACUUAUUAUAUUUCUUUCAAACCCCAGUAACACUGACAAAACACUACUUCAAGUACAGAAGUUUUCUCUGUCCAUACUCAUUUCAAAAAAAGUUACAUUUAAAGAUAACAGCUAAAUGAUCUACUCGUGCAUAAGAUAAUACACUGAAAUAAAUCUGGAUGCAAACUAGUUUGCCAUUUAUUGCGGUGAAUCUGACAUAGUGCAUAUACUUUAAACUAUCUUUGUUAAACAAAGUGACAAUAAAAAUACAUGGUCGCCAGUUAGAACUGGUUUAA